GAAUCGGCUCAGAGCUCCUCAAAUUCCACAAUCAAAAACAUAAACAUGGGUUUGGGAAGCACCGUUUUAUACAUCCACUCAGGGAUUCUGCUUUUUCUCUAUGGCCCGUUUCUAGGAACGAUGGGAGAUGAAAUGAAUGGCUAUGGGGAUGAACAACUAAGCAAGGCCAUCCUGGAGAUGCUACAUAUUAACAAACUGACAGUGCCUCACAGGACCAGGCCUCACCCCUACAUGAAACUAGUGUACCAGUUCCUUGACUCAUCAUCUACCAGGGAUUUAACAAACUCGGAAGGAACCCUAGUCCAAAGCUUCAGAAGUAUCCAAGAUCCAAAAUAUGGUACCCCAGGCUGGAUUUGGUUCAAUGUCUCUUGCCUGAAACCUUCAAUGAAAAUUGCAGAGUUGGUGCUGUUGCGUAAAACCCUCCAUCCGGAGCCUCUGACAGUCAGCGUAGCUGUGCACAGCAUCUUCAUGGUGGGCAACAGUACAGUAAGCGAGUCUCUGGAUGAAAAGGCAUUGACUCUGGACGAGCUUCCCUCAUCCGGUUAUGACAUUUUCAACGUCUCUGCGGUCCUUGGUCAAAGAGUCGAUGACAUGGUGGGCUUUCAGUUCCGCUACACUGAUGAAAGUGGGAGCUUAGUUUUGCACGAGGCUUUGACCCGGAGCCUUUACUGUCUGAACACAAGUUCUCAGAAUGAACCCCUGCUGGUUGUCUACCAGUUUCAUCAGCGUAACCCUAAUGGAACCCCAAGAACUCCUGACAGGAGGCAGCAACAGCAUUGCAGAAUAACCAGGAGAAGUAGAAGACAGCUGCUCCAAGAGCCUGCUUAUAAAGAUACCUCUUCCCAAGAGUGCAGACUCCUUCAGCACUAUGUCAACUUCCAUUCUAUAAGGCUGGAUCGUUGGAUACUUGAACCACCUGGGUUCAAUGCAAGCUUCUGCAAAGGUUUUUGCUACCCCACAAAUCCUGUAGCAAACCAAGGUGCUGAACAAGGCAUCCACAGGACCGCAGGCAGUGUAAAUUGGACUGCCAAUGUGCCUCACUGUACCCCACAGGGAUUAAAGCCAGUAAGUGUGAUGUAUGUCUCAGAAUCAGAAGAUAUCGUCAUUGAAAACCUGAAAGAUAUGAGAGCAGAAAGCUGUUUAUGCAAACUACAGCCGCUUCAGUGAUACCUGAGGACACCAUGUCAUGACUUAAAAAGAAGUGGCUUUUUUUCUGAACUGCUUGAAAAAUAGAUCAAAUUGCAUUAACAAUUUCUGCUGUUCUUAAAUUUAGAAAAAACGGUUCUUUGUUGUACCCGUGAACUUUCAAUUUCCCCUUCUCAUGCACUUUCCCAGUCUACUAAACAUAAACAACAGUUUUAUGCCAUUUGAUUUAACUUCAUGAGUUAUAAUCUGUCAUGCACCUGCCAUGUCAAUUUAAAUACUGCAUCAAUCUAUCUCAGUUUAUGACAUCUUCUGUCUACAGCUUUUGAAUUGUAUAUAUAAACACACAACCCCCCACUCAACAUUUAUACUCAUAGUUUAUUAUCACUUUAUAGAAGCUUAAUAAUGUUUGUAGCAUUAUGUUAUGGAGUAUAUUGUAAUAACAACAUUUGCAUUGAAAAGCUCUGCUCCUUUGUUAAACACACGUUCUCUGGUAAACAAUCACAUUCUGUCAGUUAUUCAAUAUAUAAUUUUAGUACAAUAAGAACUGGACAGUAAAUUAUAUGGUAUACAGAAAGUGUUACAACAAUACUGACUGAAUUGGCAUAAAAUGACAACACAAAGUCAGUGGGUGGUCACACUAAAUAUAAGCACUCAUAUAUUAUGUCUACAGUAUAUCUUUAUAGGGACACUGCUGGGAAGGAGGUUGUCUUUUCAAAAAAAAUCUCAAGUACUUUUCCAAUUCAUAAGAAAAAAAUCUUUAUUUGUGCAGUACCACUCAGAGCUACUCAGAACGAUUGAAAAUGUCAUAAAGAGCGAAGGGAAAGUUUAAAACAAAAGUCAUUUUAAAAGGCAGUAUGCCCCAGAACCAUAUGGUAAUUUUUCACAGAAAAAUAUUAUAAAACUAUGAUAGUUUUAGUUGAUACAAUAUUACAAUAUUUGUAUUCCUCAAAGAAAGUUAGAAUUUGCUCUAACUUCAAACUAGGCCGCAAUAUAUUUACUUGAACAUUUUACAGUGGGGUCUUUGCACCUCACAACCCCACAAUAGAAACACAAUCUAGUAUCUUGAUCAUCGCUGAGCAUUAAUAUACAGUAUGGUGCUGCAGGAUGAGUGGUAACAGUAACCAGUAAGUAGCAUUGAUAAUGCUUAAAUAAGUAGUCAAUUGAUACCCAUUUACUGAAGUUCAGUUACAUGUUCAUACACAGUCAAUAUAUAUUUAAUAGGAGUGGUUGUGUGUACUCAGCAUUAUACUGCCACUACACAUGCAUACCAUGCAUGAGGUGUUGGAAGCUCACUGGUUGUGGGAUCGGAGGCCACCCACUGAACCGUCAGGUCUCCUGAGCUGUGUGGGGAAUUGCUGCGGUGAGAGGAAAAAAAAAAUUGGAAAUUCCAAAUUGGAGAGAAAAUUGUGGGUAAAAGAAUUGGGCACACUAAAUAUUAUUGACUCUUUAUUAAGAUGUAACCGAAUGACAGAUACAAAUGUAUUUUUAUACAGAAAGGUAUAUGGAUAAUCUAAACGUUUAAUAUUGAGAGGCCCUGGCCUCCCGCUACAAACUUGUUAUAUAGUUGGUAAAACUGAAUAAAAAGAAAAGUGGCUAAACAUAUACUUUUUUAUUUACUGUUUCCUGAACAUUUGCAUCACUUCAGCAGGAGAAUCAUGUAAAGUCUGCAUUUGGAGGCAAAGGCCAAUCCAAAGCGCUUGCCCUUGCCAGAAAUGGGAGCUUUGUGAUGUCAUCAUGUCAGUUCAAGCACCAGUCAACAAUUACAGUGCGGCUGACAUUGUAACUAUUGAUCAGAUUCCUUUGACACUGGGUAACUACACACCCAAUAUUGAUUAUAGAUAAUAUGAUCAAUCUAUAUCCCUCACAUGUCAUCUGGGUAUUAAAGAUCCAUUUUCUUUUCUUCUUUGUAGUCUUUUAUGUACAGUGUGAUUGACCAGACAAAUCCAGUUUAUAGUUUGAAUCAUUCCGGAACAGCAUGAUAGGGAUUAUGUUAAUAUGAUUUGUAAUUUCAUACAGUAUAUAAAGGAGAUUAAAUGGGUUCUGUGGGUUUUUUUUGUUUUGUUAUGUUUUUUUAAAUAUCAAAAUAUAAUUUUUAUUAUAUUUGAGAAUAAAACAACAGCUUUUUUUCUUCUUUUUUUCUAGAGCUAAUUAGGGUUUAAUUUUGAGACCCAGUAUUUACUAGUGUGAGUGUGGCAGGGAUUACAUUUUAAUUUGGGUGUUUCUUUGAAGUAUAUAAAUAACAACUACAAAACUAUUUGCCAUAAUAAAAACACAACAAUCCUAGCCUGUGGCAGGAAUGUGUUUACUCCUCCAGAUGAGAUACGGUUGUCCUCUUUUGUGGUAACUUAGAUGUUGCACUCCAGUGCCUAGGCAGUUUUUCUGAAAAAGAAUAGUCAAUGAUCUGGUCAUUUUUUUUAAAAAAGAAUUUGUUUUUUUAGGCUACAAUGGCGUUUUGCUUUAAAAGUGGCCCAGCAAGGCUCUUUCAGUAGUUUUCGGUUUUGCAAAGCGUCCUGGUUAUUUUCAGUGUGUGGGUUAUCCAGAAAAACACUCGCCAUUAGUUACUUGACGUUGAACUGUAAGUUUGGUACAAUGACGCAAACAUUUAUUUUUUUGAGGGGGUGGGGUUGUAGUACUGUACUUGGACAUUCCCUCACAAUAGUUUUAAUUUAAAGAGUACAGUUCAGUGGUUAUCAUCUCUUGUAGGUAAGAGUGGUUUGCCAGUAGAUGGCACAAUGCACACGCACAUACCAAUGAUUUCUGAUGAGUUGUUUUCUUAAAGCAAACAAAUGAUAUACAGCUAUGGCCAAAGGUUUUGCAUCACCCUGAAGAAUGAACAUAUUUUGCUUCAUAAAGUCAAAUGAAACCUGCUGAAUAAUGUUACGUAAACAUACUGAAUUACACACCGCUUUGCAGUUUUCCAUAUACUUAACUGACAAAAAUGUAAAAAUGUGACAUUUCUAAAUCUAACAUGAUGUACUGUACUGCUAU